AAAUUACUGCACAAUCAGAUGCCAGUGAGAUUCGACAGGACUGGAAACCGACAUUCCUUAGUAAUGAAGAGUUCACACAGUUAAUGUUAGAGGCUCUUGAUGGGUUUUUUUUAGCAAUUAUGACAGAUGGAAAUAUAAUAUAUGUGUCUGAAAGUAUAACUCCCUUACUUGAACAUUUGCCAUCUGAUCUUGCGGAUCAGAGUGUAUUUAAUUUUAUCCCAGAGGGCGAACAUUCAGAAAUUUACAAAAUACUGUCUUCUCAUCUGCUGGAAAGUGAUUCCUUGACACCAGAAUACUUAAAAUCAAAAAAUCAACUAGAAUUCUGCUGCCAUAUGCUGCGAGGAACAAUAGAUCCAAAAGAGCAACCUACAUAUGAAUAUGUAAAAUUUAUAGGAAAUUUCAAGUGUUUGAAUAAUGUUCCCAACUCUGCGCACAACGGUUUUGAAGGAACUAUUCAGCGAUCGCACCGGCCUUCAUAUGAAGAUAAAGUUUGCUUUGUAGCCACAGUUAGAUUAGCUACACCCCAGUUUAUCAAGGAAAUGUGCACUGUUGAAGAACCCAAUGAAGAGUUCACAUCUCGACAUAGCUUAGAAUGGAAAUUCCUGUUCUUGGAUCACAGGGCACCUCCGAUAAUAGGUUAUCUUCCAUUUGAAGUUUUGGGAACAUCAGGCUAUGAUUAUUAUCAUGUGGAUGAUCUAGAUAAUCUGGCAAAAUGUCACGAGCAUUUAAUGCAGUAUGGGAAAGGGAAGUCAUGUUACUACAGAUUCCUUACAAAGGGACAACAAUGGAUUUGGCUACAAACACAUUACUAUAUCACGUAUCACCAGUGGAAUUCCAGGCCAGAGUUUAUUGUCUGUACACACACUGUUGUAAGUUAUGCAGAAGUUAGAGCAGAAAGACGACGGGAACUUGGUAUUGAGGAGUCUCUUCCAGAGAUAACAGCAGAUAAAAGUCAGGACUCUGGGUCUGACAAUCACAUAAAUACAGUGAGUCUCAAAGAAGCACUGGAAAGGUUUGACACCAGCCCCACACCUUCUGCUUCCUCCAGGAGUUCAAGAAAAUCUUCACAUACAGCAGUAUCAGAUCAUUCAUCAACACCAACUAAAAUGACAGUGGAUACUAGCACUCCUCCAAGGCAAAGCUUAUCUGGUCAUGAAAAGACUGUGCAAAGAAGAUCAUCUCUGAGUAGUCAGUCUUUAAGCUCCCAGUCUCUUGGACAACCUGUAGCACAGCCAUCGAUGUCUCAGCCUGCAACUUUACAGCUCCAGUCUGGCAUGUCCCAGCCUGUGUUUCAGUUUUCAGCUCAAUUAGGAGCUAUGCAGCAUCUAAAGGACCAGCUAGAGCAAAGAACACGCAUGAUAGAGGCAAAUAUUCAUCGACAGCAGGAAGAGUUGCGUAAGAUUCAAGAGCAGCUUCAAAUUGUCCAUGGUCAAGGGCUCCAGAUGUUCUUGCAGCAGUCAACUUCUGGACUCAACUUUGGUUCUCUGCAGCUUGCUUCUGGAAAUUCUUCAAAUGCUCAGCAGCUGACACCAAUAAACAUGCAAGGUCAAGUUGUUCAGACUAAUCAGACCCAAAGUGGGAUGAACACAGGCCAUAUAAGUACUCCACAAAUGAUACAGCAACAGCCUUUGCCAAGUACCACAACACAGCAUAAUCAACAAAAUGUACUUAGUGGACACAGUCAACAGUCUUCUCUUGCCAGCCAGUCACAGAAUACAGUCUCAGCACCUUUGUAUAACACCAUGGUGAUUUCUCAGCCAACAACAGGAAAUGUGGUCCAGGUUCCUUCUAGCUUACCACAGAACAAUAACCAGAAUGCUGCUGCCGUAACCACUUUUACACAGGACAGACAAAUCAGAUUUUCUCAAGGUCAGCAACUGGUAACAAAACUUGUCACGGCCCCAGUAGCAUGUGGAGCAGUAAUGGUACCAAGCACUAUGUUUAUGGGACAGGUGGUGACAGCUUACCCCACUUUUGCUGCCCAACAGCAGCAGCCACAGACUUUGUCAAUUACGCAACAGCAGCAGCAGCAGCAAAGUCAGCAAGACCAGCAGCAGCAGCUCACCACAGUUCAGCAACCAGCUCAGCCACAGCUGACCCAACACCCCCAACAGUUCCUACAGACAUCCAGGUUACUUCAUGGAAAUCAGUCAGCUCAGCUUAUCCUCUCUGCUGCUUUCCCACUACAACAAAGCACUUUUACUCAGUCCCAUCACCAGCAGCAUCAGUCACAGCAGCAGCAGCAGCAACUUUCACGACACAGAACUGACAAGAUGACUGAUCCUUCCAAAGUUCAGCCACAGUAGUGUGGGGCUCUGCCUCUUUUUGAAGCAAAGUAUCGCAGGAGGGGGCUGCUCCACAAAACAGUUGCUACAGGGGUAGCAGUACGAAGGGUUUCUUUCUAACCCACGGUGUUGAGAUCUAACUUCUGGAAUCUGUUAAGAAAAGCCACAAGGUGAUGAUGGGGACAUGUCCAACUUUGAUAGUUGCCCCAGUUUCUGUGUUCUAAAAGAUUUGCUGCCAUGUGUUAAUUUGUCCAGGUGAAAUCUCAAAAUGCGACUGAAAUGAGAGGAAUGCUGAAAAUAGUGGUAUUUUUAUUAAUCCUGUACAUUUUUAAAGUAUUAAAAUGGACAUGAAGCAAUUGUUUGAAUUAGCAGAAAAAAAUGCCAGGAAUAUAGCCCAAAAACCAUCUAAUUUUUUUCAGAUUAUUAUGGGACAGUAAAUAUUUUGAAAAUGUUGUGUGAAAUCCAGUUCUCUGUUGUACAGAUGCUGUAAAAUAUUGUGUAUAUGUCUGCAUAAAAGGAGAAAGAGCAAAAUAUUUUAUAUGAUGCAUGAAAACGUAAUACGUUAUUUGUAGGUUUGAAUAUGUUUCCCUAAAUUCUCACGCCAUACUCAGACUAAUGUUUUCCUCUGCUCUACCCUUUUGUUUACAACAUGAUGCAUCAUUAUUUUCACCCUCAGUGUGGGCACAAGUCUCUUGUUUGUGCUUUGUCUGUGAUGUCAGGGUUUGUUCGGUGAGGUUAUAGUGUGUUGGUUAGUUGACUUUUCGAGGUUAAAUUAUUGAUGAAGCUGUUUGAACUGGUGAUCAUGCAUCAGGGUUCAGGACAUUCAGAUUCAUGAACAUCAUCCAUCAUUUCAUAAUUAAUUCAUAAUUUUAUUUGAAAAAUAGGAAUUUGCACUGCUUUCUUGUGGAUGGUUUGGAAUUUUAUUCCCCAAAGCUAUCUUUUGAUAUAGUUCAUAGUUGGAAAUAUUUAUGUAAAAGGUUUAAAA